UGGACUAUAUGGAUAUUAUUAUCGUCAGGGAACCCGGAAAGUUUCUCUGUUAAAGCAAGCUCGUCCGUAGAAUCAAAUCCGAUAUUAUCUACUAUCUCGAUGAGAUUUCUAUAUUUAUAUCAUACUCUAUAAGUUAGGGGGGAUUUACCAUAGCUCUAUGGAUAGGUAACAUCGACUAAUAAGUCCCGCCGCUUUCCGCCGGCAAACUACUUCAUAGCAUACGACACAUAUAUAUUCACCCCCGCGCGCCGACUGAGUCACAAUACGAAAUACGAUCCUCCUCUUCCUAUUUCAGCCGCAAGACUAGGCCAUGAAUUUCUAAUCAUGAAACCCUUAGAAUAGGUAUCUUUCGAAGAUAAGAUUAAGUUUAUUUAAUAGAGUAGAAACCCAUUAUAUUUCUCAAGUUUAAACUGGGAUUAGUAGUUCUCGGGCUUCACCAAUAUUAACUAUCGGUAAACCAUGCCUCUCGAACUCCAACCCGCCACCGAAGCCGACGCGCGCCGAGCAGCCGAGAUCGAGUCGGUAGCGUAUGGUCCGAAUCCAUUCAGUCAGAUCCUAUUCCCGGGGCCGUUCCCUCCGGAGGCAGUGGCCGGACGCGCCGCCCAGCUAGCCGCCGAGCUCAAGAAGGACCCUACCGCGCGUUGGCUCAAGGUAGUCGAUACGGAUUUGCCUAAAGGCGAACAGAUGAUUGCUUUCGCCAAGUGGCACAUUUAUACCGAGAAGCCGCCACAGCCAGCGCCUCGAUCGUUCGGUCCAGGUUGCAACGCCGAAGCGUGCGAGCUUGUAUUUGGAGACCUUGCGAAGCUGAGGUCGCGCAUCUGGGGCGAUAAGCAUUGCGUCUACCUCUCGCUCCUCCACACCGAUCCUAAACAUCAAGGCCGGGGCGCGGGCAGCAUGUUAACUAAAUGGGGUCUCGAGGAGGCGAAAAGGCUCGGCCUUGUCGUAUAUCUUGAGUCUUCUCCGGCGGCUCACUCGCUGUAUGAGAAGCACGGGUUCCGCGAUAUUGAGGUCUUAACAGCCGACCUUAGUAGGUGGGGUGCGACGGAGGAUCAUAAGAUAUGGUCGAUGAAGUACGAUCCGUCUGAGCUUGCUGGUUGAAAAGUACCUAAUUCUUGUUCAUUAUAGUAGUAGGUAUAUGUGAUGAGAAAGUAGGCAAUAUUGAUACCCUUUCAAGUUCACAUGAUGAAGAAUUGUUUGACUUUAGGUAGGUAGUUAUAGGGUCUCACAAACAAAGGUUACCUGCGUAAUGAGCAAGCCUCCUGAAGGCUUCAUAUCUAUUCAAACUACCUAAUGUUGAUUGUCAACUUACAUACCUCAGUUGUAAAUGAAUGGAG